ACGUUACGUAGAAGAAUGGGACAAUAUUUUCGAGAUGGAUGACCCACAUGACAGUCCGCUAGGACCGCUAGUCUCGCAGGCCAUACGUGCGCUGGCAGUGGCGGAGGAAGGGAUUAACGACGUGACGAUCAUCGGAGACUUUGAGAAAUCUGAGGAGGUGGAACGAAGAUCUCGUCCCGAACUUCCCCGCGACGAAGCCCUCGAGAUUCCUGACUCGAGGAUCACUGUUCUCCAAAACUGCACAUGUUCUGGAUCAGAAUGGUAUGACGGGUUUGCUAGCAGACGUGAAACGGAGGGGGGUCGCUGCGAGUUCUGGGUUUCAUAUUCUACCGUGAUCAUUAUGGUUCAGACGUUCGCUCUGCCCAUCCUGCACCUCGCGACGUGCGGCCGUGUGACGCCGCAGCGCUUCUGGCGGAUAGCUAUGUACUGUGGCUGGUCUGAAGGGGUGCACAGCCCCGGACUGGAGGAGGUAGACUACGGAGAGAUAAGCGAUGCCCGCGACGAUAUCCCCAAGACUAUCCCUUGGUUGAAGUAUAGCGAGCUUCGAUAUCUGGAAGAGCUGGGAGAUGUGGAGGCCAUCGAGGACGCUAUUGUGCACCGAGGAGGAUAUUGGAUGUGGAUGAGGCCCGACAGGUUCCCAUUGGACGAUGUGGCCACCCAAUGCGCGCCCUCUUUCGUAACUCACGGCGUCUCAAAAAGCAAUCAUACCUUGUCUGUUCUCGAAAGGCUCCCCCUUGAGCUUCUCCACAUAAUCGCACACCGGUGUUCACUUACCUCCUUGCUUUCUCUCGCCUCUGCAUCUCGCAUCAUUCGUUUUCUGCUUCUAGGCUCUGAAACCAGCAGAAACUCCCUGGCAGCUGCAUGGAUAACCAAGAACGCCCCAUGGUUCUCCCCCGUCACAUCUGGCCUCGAGCCCCGAUACGAAAUGAACAAGGUUCGGGACGCGUGGGUCUACUUACAGAGGUGUUGUGCCAGCGGUUCAAUGAGGAACAGAGCACGCAUCUGGAAGCUCGCAGAGCAGAUCGAAGAGGUUGCAACGCGAAGCGGGCUUUGACCUUGGCUAACAAUAAUUUAA